CUCCGUAGCUGGAUCACAUCCGCUCCGCAGGUGAAAGCUUUAAAGGGGCCGCGGCACCCUUUUCUGGUACAAUCCUAUCUAGCGUUCCCGGCUACAGGUGGCUCCGUAUCUUGAGGGGAGCCGUCGUUGUGUUUUCAGCAAAACUUUUAUAUUUUUGUGAUUAUUUGUCCUAUACCAACUGAAGAUGAAUGCAGAUGCAUUGCUGAUACGACAUGUUGGCAAGAAAUGGCAGCAUCUUACUAACAGAGCCAGGCUUUCAUGAAAUCAUACUGUUGGAAGAAACCAGAAGGGCCAUCCAGUCCAACUAUAUUUUGCCAUGCAAGAAUACGCCAUCAAAGCACUCCCAACAGAUGGCCAUCCAGCCCCUGCUUAAAAACCUCCAGAGGAGACUCCAGUAUACAGAACUUUUUACAUGCAGAACUUUCUAGUUAUAGUACCAGCCAGGGAAUCAGUGGGUGCCUAUGCCUGAGAUGCUGGAGAUUAACUGCCAGUUAAAUAAUACUGGAUCAGAUAUAUCUGUGAUCGGACUUUGCACAUAGACUGUGUGUGUGCACAUAGACUGGUCUCUUUACUGAUCUCACAAGAACUUGAUUUUUGCUUAUGACCCCUAAAUGUUCAGCUUAUUAGCUAAUGUGCCAUAUUAGACUCUUAUUUAAACAACUCAAGGUAUACAGUGGCUUAGGGAUUCAGCCAAAACAUAAGACAAUUCCUGUGUUCUGCUUUUAGGAUGACCAUUCCAGAGGUCAGAAAUUGGAAAAAAAAUCAAUUUCUGUGUUGUCUUAGUGCUAUAAAAAUGAUGCUAUGUAACUGGUACAUUCCUAGUAUGUGAUGGACAGAUUCAUGGAUUCACAUCAAAGGCCGCAGCAGCAUCUCUCAGAAACAAUGUUCCAGCUUUCCAGUAUGGCAAAGGCCCUUGGGGCUGAAGAAUGAGCUUUUCUUGCAUUAGGCUCAGUAAGAUCUGUUUCCUGCUCUCUGUUAUUGUCUGUGUAGUUCUCCUCUUGCUAAUUCCCAGAUUUCAGGCCAGUUGGAGAUCCAGAAGUUAUCCACAACCACGUCUACCACUUCUUUUGAAUGUUUCCAGCAAAAAUGAUACCCUACUUCAAGUGGAAUCCAGCUCAACUGAUCGUUUGGAUGAUGAGACUAAUAAUAUUGUGCCCUUGAUGAAAGAGGACCUAGUAAAACAGUGGAAUAAUUAUGUCAUAGAUACUCGGAGAUCCAAACUAAAAGCUAAUGAUAAGAUGAAUGGAAGUCCAAUUAAUCAAUUCAAUAGCAUGAUGGAAGACCACAUAGAGCCUACCAGAGUUACUGCUAAGGAAAAGCUUGAACAGAACGAUGUCUUCAUUGCUGUGAAAACAACAAGGAAAUAUCACAAAACAAGACUAAACUUGCUCUUCCAAACCUGGAUUUCUCAGGCCAAGGAACUGACAUUUAUAUUCACAGACUGGGAAGAUGGUGAACUACGUCUCAGAGCAGGGGACCGUGUCAUCAAUACCAACUGUUCAGCUGUUCAUACCCGGCAAGCUCUGUGUUGCAAGAUGUCAGUAGAAUAUGAUAAAUUUCUUGAAUCUGGACGAAAGUGGUUUUGUCAUGUGGAUGACGACAAUUAUGUGAAUGUGAAGAAUCUCCUGAAUCUGCUAUCUGCUUUUUCACACAGCCAAGAUGUGUAUAUAGGGAGACCAAGUCUAGACCAUCCUAUUGAAGCAGCAGACCAUGUCCGGAAUGAUGGAUCAGCCACUGCAAAGUUCUGGUUUGCCACAGGAGGUGCAGGAUUCUGCAUUAGCAGAGGCCUUGCCCUCAAGAUGAGUCCCUGGGCUAGUUUGGGAAGUUUCAUUAGCACCGCUGAAAGGAUUCGUCUCCCUGAUGAUUGCACCAUUGGCUAUAUAAUUGAAGGCCUGUUGGAAGUGAAAUUGUUGCACAGCCCUUUGUUCCACUCUCAUCUGGAAAACCUGCAGCGGUUGCAUGGUGACACUGUGCUCAAACAGAUUACUUUGAGUUAUGGUGGUCCUGAGAACAAACGUAAUGUCGUGACUGUGGAUGAAGUAUUCAGCGUACAGCAAGAUCCAACUCGAUUCAAAUCUGUCCAUUGCCUCCUCCACCCUGACACACUGUGGUGCCCUCCUCUAAUGGUGAAGUGACAUCUGCUGUUUCAGAUGUAUCUUCUCUUUGAUCUUUCUUCAAAUGAGCAGCUAAAGCUGUCCUUGUAGAAAAAUAACAAGGAUUAAAGUGAAAACAAGUCUGCAGGCACAUCAGCCAUUAUUGGAAAUAGUAUUUUGCAAAGUCUUUAGUCUUGAAGCACACUAUAACCCAUUUAGAAAGCUUCUUUCACUCCUUUUUCAAAUGUUAUCGAUGUCAUUUCUAUUAGCUGAAACCUAAUGCAAUGUAUAGCAUUGGUAAAAACUCAGGAAUUUUCAGUCUGGCAUUGCAGCAACAUGGUGGAGGGCUAAAUCUCCUUUCUCUCAGUAUGCCAGGAACAAAAUAAGCUUUUGACACUGCAAAUGCGAAGACAAAAGUCCUUGUUUCGGAAAGUAAUCAUGUUAGGAGCAUAUUCAUUCUGCUUCAGCAUCUGUUUUUUAUGAGACUGUAAUUGAAAGAAAUUGACUGUUUCUCUUCUAGUGCAUAUGAGAUGGACCAGUAUCUUCAGAAGACGUACUCCCUAAACCUGUGCUCUAGGUUAUGAUGGAACUUUUAUUUGUAUAACUCUUGAAAAGUGGAUUAUGCCUGAAUUUAAUAUUAUUCCUUUCCUAAAAGAUGUAUGUCCACAAACUCUUCACUUUCAAGUCUCAAAUGGAUUUGUCUUGGACGCUACAUGCCCUGACCACUAUUUCAGAAUAGCUGAAAUCCAUGUAUAUGUUGGCUGGACCAUUGCAUAUAUCUUAGUUUUUAUGCUGCAGCUGUUAUCUAUGUCAUGGUGCAUCUCAUAAUCAAUAUGCUAGAAUAUAUUGUCUCUUGAAAUGACAGUACAUUCACAUCCCUGGUAUAUCUCACAAUCAGUAUGCUGGAAUAAAUGAAGAAAUAAUAUUAUUGAAUUCUGCGUCCAAGGGGUUAGGCAAACAUGAUAAUGUUUAAGGGUCUUUUACCUCUUCUAACUGAAUCAGCUUUAUAAAACGUGUUUCUGAGGCUCAAAGCUGAAAGCAUUUCAUACUAACCUUCAGCCAGAAUAAAAAAUAGCCAUCACACAGGACUGUUGUAACCCUCCUUGUAAAUAUAGCAGAUUUCACCAAAAAAGCAGAGGGUUGCAUUUGGGAAUGUGAUGAGGUAGUGCUGUGUGUCACAGUCUGAAAUGACAUGUACUUGAUAAAUUGGCAGACUGUUAACAUGUUUCACACAAUCUGUACCACUUUAGGGAAAUAUUUUCAAAAAAUAUUACAGUAGAGUCUCACUUAUCCAACACUCGCUUAUCCAAUGUUCUGGAUUAUCCAACGCAUUUUUGUAGUUAAUGUUUUCAGUACAUCGUGAUAAUUUGGUGCUAAGUUCAUAAAUACAGUAAUUACUACAUAGCAUUACUGCAAAUUGAACUACUUUUUCUGUCAAAUUUGUUGUUAAACAUGAUGUUUUGGUGCUUAAUUUGUAAAAUCAUAACCUAAUUUGAUGUAUAAUAGGCUUUUCCUUAAUCCCUCCUUAUUAUCCAACAUAUUCGCUUAUCCAACGUUCCAGCCCGUUUAUGUUGGAUAAGUGAGACUCUACUGUAAAUAAUUGGUACUGAUGAAGUGUACUCUGCUUUUUAGCCUUCUUUCUGAAAAAUUAUCACAACAAUCCCUUCACUAAGAAUAAGAAAUUACAACUAGAGCAUUGCCUUAAAUGUUUGGAAUUUUUGUGGUCUGUAGACAUAGCACAUUACUUGGGAACAUGAUGACCAGAUAUGCUGGAAUAUUGCAAGCCUCAAGUAACAGUUAUGAUUGUGGUUCUUAAAGUGAUACAAUUCCUUUUGCACCCCAUGAUAGCAGCUGCAUAUACUAUCAGUAUAUCAAGAGACUUGUAGUUGCUGCAUACUUUAAUUUCCAAAAUUAUCAGUAGAGCAGGGGUACACAACCCUGGCAUGGCCUAAUUUUUAUUCUUGUUUUAUAUCAAUUUUUCAAUCUCAGAAUAUUUCCAUUUUAGAGCUCUGAUAGCAGAAGAUGCUGGAAAACAUGCAUGUAUCUAUUUCAAGGAGUGAGAGGGUGUCUUGCUGUCAGUAGUUGAGUAGCUUUUCUUAUGCAGUUGUCUCUUCUUUUGAAUAUUUGCCACUGCCACCACCCCAUCCCAUUCAGUUAUGUACCUUUUCCCUACAUGUACCUCCAGUUUCUUCUUGCUCUUUCCCACCUCUUCUUAUACCAAAAAACAAAUUAUCAGUAAAAAAUUAAGUUUGUCAAAAUAUGCCAAUAAAUUUCAUGCACAAUUGCGUAGGUAAUUAUAAAUACAGAAAUCAGGUUCCUUGGCACAUACUAUUGCAGAUUUUUGUCAUUGCAGAGCACUGACGAAAAAUAAAGAUUUGGACUAUUGGUUUGUUA